GUUUGUUUUUCUUUGUAUUUUGUUUGUUUUCGGGUUGUCGUUGCUUACUUUCUAGGCCCCCUACAUCUUUUUAGGUUGGCAGGCAAAUGCUUCAGUUAUGUGGAGUCCAUGUACAAAUAUGAAUUUUGCCCAUUCCAUAAUGUCACCCAGCAUGAGCAGACUUUCCGCUGGAAUGCCUACAGUGGAAUCCUUGGAAUCUGGCAUGAAUGGGAAAUAGAAAACAAUACAUUUGUUGCUAUGUGGAUGAGAGAUGGGGACUCGUGCGAAACCAAAAACAGACAAACAAAGGUACUUCUGGUAUGUGGAAAGAACCACCGAUUGGCUCACGUGUCAGAACCAAGCACCUGUGUUUACUCUCUCACAUUUGAAACACCGCUGGUCUGCCACCCACAUUCUCUCCUUGUGUAUCCAGCUCUGCAUCAAGCCCUCCAGAGAAAAUGGGAUGGAUUGGAGCAGUUGCUCUAUGACAACCUCAUCACAAGCCAGGGGUACAGGAAACAGCUGAGAGAGAUAUUUGAAGAAGCCAGGUUCUUAAAAUCAACAAAAGAAAUUAAAGAGAUGAAAACAGAAUCUCGGCAUCUGGAAUUCGAGUCUGUGGAAAAGUGCAGUGAGGAGUACCAGAGACUUUCUCAAGAUCUACACAAGCUCACAGCUCUGUUGACUGAGCAUGGAAUUGCAUACGAAACCCUCAUUGGUGUGUCAAGCAAAGUUCUGUCCCCCUCCUGAUGACACUGAAGUGGCAAUCUUUCUUAGAACAUCUGUUUGGGAAGAAAUAGGUCCCUGCAGACAGUGCAAGUCCACCCCCCCCCCUCAGCAUGAAUGGAAAGGACCAGGGUUGCAAGACUUUGUUUUGUUUAAGAACGAAGUAUCAGAAAAUAAACUCUAUACUUGCACUCCCAAAUAGGUGGACUCAUUAUGUAUCUAUCAUUAUUCCAACACUCUACCAUAUUUGUCAGAAAGGGAUUACUGUAGUUAUUCUUUUAAGAAAGAAAGAAUUGGCACUGGUUUUUAAAGAAAUUAGAAAAAAUAUUGGAUAUGAUAUUCAGAUAUCACCAAUUAUUGCCCUAAUAAAUAUAAUUAAGAAUGACCAUCUAAAAAAAUAUCAGAAAGAUUUAAUUGUUAUAACGGUUACAGUAGCAAGACUAAUAUUUGUAAAGAAUUGGAAAAGCAACAAACAAAUUAAUAUUGAAAGAUAUGUUGAGUUUAGCAAAUAAGUAAACAUGUGAAAUGAAAAUAAGAAAAGGAAUGGUAAAAUCUAGUGAUUUGAAGCACAUAUGGAAUUUAUACUUGGGAGUAUGUCUUUUCGAAGGGGAAAGACUAUAGGCUAGCAAAAGAAUCCAUGUCAUUUUGGAGAAGAAGGGGUAAAAAGGGACAUAAAUAGAUAUUACUGGUCUCCUCGUCCCAAGGGUAAAAGUGGUGGCACAGUGGGUGAAGUCCAAUGUGCGUUGUGUAUAGUUACUAUUGAAUUUGUAUUUUAGUUUUAAUUUUGUAAAAAAUAAAAACGUAAAAUUAAAGAACA